GUCGCCUGUGUAUUCCUCCAUAUUGCCUGACUCAACGCGUGGGUAAGUACGUGAGUCAACGCCACUGCUUCUGCGCGUGAAGCUUCCUAUCCACUCGGACUCCUCCACCAACACACCAAUCGCCAUGACAGAGCCCGAACCGCCGUCCGUGGCUGCGCUCAGCAUCGCCGCGACCGCCGCAGAGCCCGUGUCCAAAGCCACCGCCCAAGAGAUCAACCCUUGGGACGUACAGGCUGCGACAGACGCCGACGGCAACGUCCAAGAGUUUGACUAUGCAGCUAUCUCUGCACAGUGGGCGACAAAGCUCAUCGACGAUGCGCUGCUGGAGCGAUUCGAGCGCGUGACAGGCCACAAGCCGCACCGCUGGUUACGGCGGCGUCUGUUCUUCUCCCACCGCGACUUGGAGCUCAUUCUGAACAUGUAUGAGAAGGGCGAGGACUUCCUGCUCUACACUGGACGCGGGCCCAGCAGCGAUGCCAUGCACAUCGGACACACCAUCCCCUUCGAGUUCACGAAGUGGUUGCAGGAUGUCUUUGAUGUCCCGCUGGUCAUCAUGCUGACGGACGACGAGAAGUUUCUCUUCAAGGAGAAACUGAAGCAGCCCGAGGUCUACGAGUUUGCGCGGCAGAAUGCCAAGGACAUCAUCUCCAUUGGAUUCGACCCCAAGAAGACCUUCAUGUACAUCGACUCCGAAUUCUUCACAUCGGGCUUCAACAGGCACUUCAACCUCAACGCUACUGAGUUCGAGAAGCUCAUCACCAACAACCAGGUGCGCGGCGCCUUCGGCUUCCACGGGUCAACCAACAUUGGCAGCAAUGCUUUCGCUGCUAAGCAGUGUGUUGCUGCUUUUGCCUCCUCGUACCCCUUUAUCUGGGGACAAGACUGCAAGACAUACCAUCGAUCCAAGCAGCUCGCUGCGAUACCUUGUCUUAUUCCAUGCGCUAUCGACCAGGAUCCAUACUUCCGUCUUGUUCGCGAGAACUGCAGCAGGAUGGAUCAGCCAUCGCCGAAGCCUGCAUUGAUUCACUCCAAGUUCCUCACAGCUCUUCAGGGUGCGGGCGGCAAGAUGAGUGCCUCAAAUCCCAACUCGGCCAUCUUCAUGAGCGAUACACCCAAAGAGAUCAAGAAGAAGAUCAACCACCACGCCUUUAGUGGAGGUCAGGAAACGCUGGAGCUGCACCGCGAGAAGGGCGGCAACCCCGACAUUGACGUCCCCUAUCAGUACCUUUCGUACUUCGAAGACGACGACGAGAAGCUGUUAAGACUCGCCGACGAAUACCGCAAAGGCGAGCUUCUGACUGGCGACAUGAAGAAGGAGUGCAUCGAGAUGAUGACACAGUACGUGAAGAGAUUCCAGGAGGCAAGAGCAACGGUCACAGAUGAGGUUCUCGAGGAGUUCCUGCGCCCGAGGCAGCUCGAAUGGAAGGGCAACCCCAACGUAGAGAGGCCAAAGGCCGAGGAGAAGAAGGAGGGUGAAGCAGCGCCAGCAGGCGCAGAUGGACAGCCAAUGACUAAGAACCAGAUGAAGAAGCUCGCGAAGCUUGCAGAGCAGGAGAAGAAGAAGGCUGAAAAGGCGGCGGCAGCGGCUGCGAAGAGCUAGAGGAAGACAAGAUACUAAAAGAACAUGUCCACGGCGCAACAGAGCCUAUUCGCAAUGUACACAUACGGCGUCAAUGCGCUCCGUGAGUCAUGUGGCUACCUGCUCAUGGAUUGCUUGCUCAUCAAAUUGCUAUCCAGGGCCUAUUGUCGUGACUGUGUACUCAUGUCUACGCGGUCAGGUACGUGGGAUAAAUGCUUUACUCUGCACUGUCGCUCAGUUCAAAGAACCUCAUGACGUACAUUCCCAGGCGCGCAUCCAAUAGAUCCAUUUCCUAAUUCAUCCUACGGCAGUGGGGGCCGAGUUGCGGAGGAAAGAGCAACGUUUGGUACCUGCAGCGAUAGCCUACCGUUAUUCCCCUCCCGACCGGCCCGCUGCACCAACAGAAAGCUUGACCACACAUCGAG